AUGUAAACUCAUUCAAAAUAAGUGGUUGCACUAAUUAAUCAAUUACCUAAAAGAGAUGAACUUAGAUUCUUAGAAAAAUAACCCGGAAACAAAAAGGUUAUAACUGAAACUAACAAAGUAUUUAUCUCAGUAAUUAAUGGAUUACGAUCUUUGGUUGGAGAUGUUUAAAUAAAUUCAACAACUAUUCCAUUUAAAGUAUUUUCUCUUAAGUAUCUAGCAAAUAGAAGAAACAUUGGAUUAGUUUUUGGAAAAUGCAGCUAUUCAAUUUGAUAAAAUGAAUAAAUUAAAUAUAGCUCCAAAAUAACCUCAAGUUUAAAAAUCAAACUAGCUUAAACCCAAAGAUAUAUAUGGAUUUGCUGAUGUAAUUUAGCUAAAUAAAUUACCAUUUAUUCCUGUUUUAAAAUGCAAAUAAUAUGCAUAAACAGAAUUAGAUUAAAAAAUAAUAGAAGCUUAAAAUAACCCAUUUACAUUUUUCGAAAAAAAUGGAAUUGAUGAAUUUGCUCAUCCAUACUAUGAAGAAAUAAUGAGAUUGGCACCAUAAGAUUUUAUUCUUGAUGUACCAUCCAAAAUUAAUAGAUUCAGAGAUUUAGAACCACCUAAUAUGAUAAGCAAUGCUGAUCAAUUGGGGGAACUUAUUCUUAAAAUUCAACAAGAAGUUGAUUAGAAUGGUUUUAGUGAAAUAGCAGUAGAUUUAGAGCAUAAUCAUUAAAUUUCUUAUUUAGGAAUAACCUGUUUAAUGUAAUUAAGCACUCGAACUAAAGAUUAUAUCAUAGAUCCUUUUCCAAUAUGGAAAUAAGUUGGAGAAAUGUUAAGUGCUGUGUUUUCAAAUCCAAGAAUUGUUAAGGUUUUCCAUGGAGCUGAGAAUGAUGUUUAAUGGCUUUAAAGAGAUUUUGGUUUAUAUAUUGUGAAUCUAUUUGAUACUUUUCAUGCUUCUAAAGAACUACAAUUGAUGUAAAACUCCUUUUAGUUUUUGCUCUCAGAAUAUUGUAAGAAAUCUACAGAUAAAACAUAUUAAACAGCUGAUUGGACUUAAAGACCAUUAUCUGAUGAAAUGAUUAAAUAUGCUUAGAUUGAUACUCAUUAUCUACUUUAUAUUUAUGAUAGAAUGAGAUAAGAUCUUAGUAAAUUAAAUAAACCAUAAGAAAAUUUAAACAAUGUUCCAAAUUAUUAUAUUGAAAGUGUAUUAAAACGAAGUAAAGAGACAUCUCUUAAAAUUUACAAAAAACCUUUGUAAGAUUAAGAUUAAUCAUUGCAAAUCAUUCUUAAUAAAUAAGAUAGAAGAAUGGAUUCAAAAAGCUUCGAUUUAAUGGUUAAGUUAUUAGAAUUAAGAGAAGAAUUAGGAAUUCAAUAUGAUCAAAAUCCAAGAUAUUUUUUACCAAAUCCAUUUUUAUUUAAAUUAAUUGAAUCACAACCUACAACAAUUUAAGAAUUAAAAAGUCAGUUAGGAGGUGAUAAAAAUAUACAUGAUAUUAUUAAAGAAAAUCUUUGGUAAUUUUUAAAAGUUUUCUUGGAAUUCAAUUAAAAAGUACCUACAGUUGAAAUCAUUCAAGAAGAAUAAUUAAAUAAAACAUAAAUAUAGAUUGAAGACAUAUAACCUAGUUUAUAAAUAGAGCCAUUAAAAAUAAUUUAGAUUCCAGUCAAUCUUUCAUAAUUUUAAAAUUAAAAUAAACGAAUUGUUGAACAUUUUUUUUAAUAUGAAAAUGUAGAAUAAAUAAAAGGGCAAUUUUUGUGUGAAUCCCCAUUCAAACUGUUGAAUGUAUUUCAUAAUGGCCUAGGAUCAUAAAUAUUUCAAUCAAUGAAAGAAUAAAGUUAAUAGCAAAACUAAUUAGUUUAAGAAGCAGAACAAUAAAAAAUAUAAAAAAUAAAUACCUCUGAUUUUAUUUAACUUCCUAAAUUAGAUGAAACUAAUAGAGAUUAACAAAAAGAGAUCGACAUUAGAUUAAAUAAUACAUUAUAAAAUUAGCAUGGAACUAAAAUUUUGAAAAGGCAUUAAAAAAUAGAAUAAUAGAGAACUUAAAAAUCCAACAUUAGUAAUAGAUUUGAAGUAUUAUGA